CUUGGUUUUUAUUUUUUUCAUUUUCGAGACAGAUACAGACAAAGUUCCCCUGUUCUAGCGCUCUCUCUUGUCAUUCAGAUAGCAUAGCGCCUUCAGUACUUCAGGCCGCAGUUCCAUUCAACUGAACUGAAAAGAGAGAAAAGCCAGCGCUAGGCUUUGCUCUCUUGAAGUCAAUUACAAAGGCUUACCACUGUUCAUCCUUGCUGCCCGCGUUGAAGGUUUGUUGGCGGGUAACUUCUGGAUUUUAGGAUCGCAGUUUUUCUCCCGUUGCUUUAGCUUGGGCUAACCAUCUAAAUCUCGCCGGCAAUUCAACGCCAGAAGAUCCACCAAUUCAACUGCGGCGUCUCGUGAAGUUGUUCGUGGUUUACUGAUAAAGGUUGCUACUUUGCCUUGUAGUUUUGUGGUUUCGAGUUAGAAAGAUGAACGGAGCUACCCUCGUUGCUAUUGCUGCUUGUAUCGGCAACUUCUUGCAAGGAUGGGAUAAUGCUACCAUUGCCGGGGCAAUUGUUUAUAUCAAGAAGGACCUUAAUUUAGACAGCAGUGUGGAAGGCCUAGUUGUGGCAAUGUCUCUUAUUGGUGCCACAGCAAUCACAACAUGCUCAGGACCCAUCUCAGAUUGGCUUGGCCGACGGCCGAUGCUGAUCAUUUCAUCAUGUCUCUACUUCAUAAGUGGCCUAGUCAUGCUGUGGUCGCCCAAUGUUUACAUCCUGUGUUUGGCUAGGCUGCUAGAUGGGUUUGGGAUUGGCUUGGCCGUGACCCUUGUUCCGCUCUACAUAUCUGAGAUCGCCCCUUCCGACAUAAGAGGGCAGCUGAAUACUCUCCCUCAGUUCACUGGCUCAGGUGGCAUGUUCCUGUCGUAUUGUAUGGUUUUCACUAUGUCGUUGUCGGCUUCACCAAGCUGGAGGUUGAUGCUCGGGGUUCUUUCAAUUCCCUCGUUGUUGUACUUUGCAUUGACUGUGUUUUACUUGCCCGAAUCGCCUCGUUGGCUCGUAAGUAAAGGGAGGAUGCUUGAGGCAAAACAGGUUCUCCAGAGCCUUCGUGGCAUGGGAGAUGUUUCAGGUGAGUUGGCUUUGCUAGUUGAGGGACUUGGUCUAGGAGGUGAGACAUCAAUAGAGGAGUAUGUAAUAGGCCCAGGAGAUGACGAUGACCUUGCUCAUGAUAAUCAGGCACAGGACAAAUUCAGGUUGUACGGCCCUGAACAAGGACUAUCAUGGGUUGCCAAGCCAGCGACCGGACGACAGAGCUCCCUCGCCCUCCUUGCCUCUCGCCAGGGUAGCAUGGUGAACCAGAAUGUGCCUCUCAUGGACCCUCUCGUGACCCUUUUCGGUAGUGUCCACGAAAAGUUCCCCGAAUCAGGAGGAAGCAUGAGGAGCAUGAUCUUCCCAAACUUCGGUAGCAUGUUUAGCACUGCAGAUCCCCACCCUAAGCAUGACCAUUGGGAUGAUGAAGAGAGCCUGCAUGGAGAAGGUGAGGACUACAGGUCAGAGGCUGGAGGUGGUGGAGGGGCAGAUUCUGAAGAUGAAUUGCACAGUCCAUUGAUCUCCCGUCAGCCCACCAAUGUCGAGAAAGACAGCAACUUGGGGGGCGUGAGACGCCACAGCAGCCUCUUCCAAGGACAAGGGGAAACGGUGGGCAGCACUGGGAUUGGAGGUGGGUGGCAGCUGGCGUGGCAGUGGUCCGGGAAAGAAGGCGAGGGUGGUGGUAGGAAGAAAGAAGGGUUUAAAAGAGUGUACCUGCAUCAAGAAGGUGGUGCUCCUGGAUCUCGACGUGGGUCACUUUUAUCAAUCCAUGGCAGUGAACCAGUUGGUGAUUAUAUUCAGGCAGCCGCUUUAGUAAGCCAGCCAGCUCUUUACUCAAAAGAGCUCAUGGACCAGCAGCAUCCGGUUGGUCCGGCCAUGGUUCACCCUUCUGAGACUGCUGGUAAAGGCCCGGUUUGGGCUGCUUUGCUCGACCCUGGGGUCAAGAGUGCACUGUUAGUGGGCAUGGGGAUUCAGAUCCUUCAGCAGUUUUCUGGUAUAAAUGGAGUUCUUUACUAUACCCCGCAAAUCCUUGAAGAAGCAGGAGUAGAAGUUCUUCUUUCAAACUUGGGAAUCAGUUCAGAAUCUGCUUCUUUCCUCAUUAGCGCCUUCACAACGCUGCUGAUGCUUCCAUGCAUCGCGAUCGCCAUGCGGCUGAUGGAUAUCUCAGGCAGAAGAACGCUGCUCCUCGCCACUAUCCCAGUGCUCAUAGUCUCCCUCAUCAUCCUAGUCAUCAGCGAGCUCAUCAACCUGUCCUCCGUAAUCCACGCAGUCAUCUCGACAACCUGUGUCAUAGUUUACUUCUGCUGCUUUGUGGCAGCCUAUGGGCCCAUACCAAACAUCCUCUGUGCCGAGAUCUUCCCCACCAGGGUACGGGGCCUAUGCAUCGCAAUAUGCGCACUGGUUUUCUGGGUUGGUGACAUCAUCGUGACAUACACACUGCCAGUGAUGCUGAGCUCAAUCGGUCUGGGUGGUGCAUUUGGGAUCUACGCAGUUGUUUGCGCAGUUUCUUGGGUUUUCGUGUUCUUGAAGGUGCCAGAGACCAAGGGCAUGCCGUUAGAGGUCAUUACCGAGUUCUUUGCAGUUGGAGCUAGACAAGCUGCUGCGGCCAAGAACGAGUGA